AUGGGCUUCACGACCUUCCUCGGCUCCUCCACCGAACGAGUGCAUUCUCCUCGCACAAAGCCUUCGGCUCCUUCAUCCACCGACAAAGUCGACAACAUUCUGAAUGUAGACUCGGACGUGACCGAGGACACCACCUCUCACAAUGGUUACAUCUACGACGAAUCACACCUGUGCAGUCUGCCAGCCGACUGCCCCGAUAUACGCGAACUUAAUAACAGUUUGGUGGCCCUGGCCGCCGUGUUUCCCGACGUCCAGAUCCAGGUUUUCCGCGAAAUGCUUUCCAACUUCGACCAAGAGUCCAGGCUUGCCGUAGUUGCCGACGCCCUUCUGAAAAACCGUGUCGCCUGGGUCAAAGGUCGCUGGAGAGUCGCCAGUCAUCAGCGCACAGAGCCCCAACGGCACGAAAAAGACCUAGGAGAACCAAAAAACCUGCUGGUUCCCCGUGUCGAAACAUUUCGAGCUUCUGACUACAAGCAGGCCGUUCAAGCCUUGGCCUGGCACGAGUUCAAGGGUCUCUCGCGAUCCACUAUCAACGCUGUCCUUGCGGAAUCCAACUAUUCAUAUCUCGAAGCACGCAAAAUCCUCGUGUCUCUCUCGUCGAAGUCCUGGCGUUUUACCAUAUCCUCUCUUUUCCUCCGGAGGAAGCCUGUGGCAUCUGUCGACGCCGAGAACCAUCCCCUAGUAGUCUGGAAGUCAACCGGACAGGGCGCUAUCGUGCCGUCUUUGAAAGCUACGGGAAAUGCCGAACUGGACGGCGAAUUGUAUCGUAAUCUAAUCCAACCACUGAAGGAGAGGGCCAGGCAAGCGCAGGAGGAAAAAGACCACGGUUAUGCCCUUCUACUGAAUAACGAACAGGCCGAGGAGGUUCACGCCUAUCACGAAUGUGCUUGCUGCUUUACCGAGUCCACCUUCGAGGAAUUCACGAACUGCAAUGCGGAUGGCCACAUGCUAUGCUUUCGUUGCGUUCAACAUUCCAUCAAAGAGGCUGUUUUUGGCCAGGGUUGGCACAGCAGCAUCGAUAUGGAUUCCGGCACGCUCAGAUGCCUGGCGGUCGAAGGGGACGGAUGCUCUGGCUUUAUCCCGUACGAUCAUAUGCGCCGCGCAAUGCUAGAGGAGAAGAAAGGAGCAGAAAUCCUCCACAAGCUCGACCAACGUUUGGCGGAAAACAGCCUGCUGGCAUCAAACUUACCGCUCAUCCGGUGUCCAUUCUGCGAAUAUGCCGAAGUUGAUGACAUUUACCUGCCGGCUGACGAGACACGAUUACGCGUUAGGCUUGACAGCCUUCUUAGCCUUUUACUAAUUUUACUUUGCAUCCUAACGGUGCCCUUCAUUCUCCCCAUAGCAUUACUCUCAUCAGUCGUCUGUCUCUUGGUCAGCACCGAGCGCACGUUGGGCGACUACCUCGUAAUUCAAUGGAAACUCGCUCUCGGUCGCCAUCGAAGGCGGCGUCGCGGACUGAAGUUCACUUGUCAGAACCCUGAUUGCAACAAGAAUUCUUGUCUAUGCUGCUCCAAAGCGUGGACAGACAUUCACGUGUGCAACGAGUCAUCCUUGGUUGCGCUGCGUACACAAGUGGAGCAGGCCAUGAGCAUGGCCAUCAAACGAGUCUGCCCGCGUUGCCAUACGUCCUUCGUCAAGAACUCAGGCUGUAACAAACUUACCUGCCCUUGCGGAUACAAGAUGUGUUACGUAUGCCGCAAAGACAUCGGGGGCAUGAACGGCGAGGGCGAAGGUUACCGGCAUUUCUGUGAUCACUUCAGGCCUGAUGGCGACCCGCGACCAUGCACUGAGUGCACGAGGUGCAAUUUAUGGGAGAGUGAGGAUACGGACUUCGUGCUGAGGCAGGCGAAGGAGGAGGCCGAGGCCAAGUGGCGGGAGAUGGAGAACCGGGAGUUGAGUGGUGCAGAGAAGGCCUUUUUGGAGACGGGCUUCGCUAGGAAUGGAGUCUCGUCGGUCGAGAGUUACAUCAAGAACGGACGAUUGCCGACCUUGGCCGAAGUGUGCGACUUUAUAGUCGAAACCAGCUUCGUCUGA